UGUUAGCCUCAUAUGAGCAGUGCUGCUGUCAGUGGAAAACAACUUUGAUAUUGUUUUAAGUGUGAGAAACUGGCUAAUGUGAUGACAACCUAGACCAGGACGAUGUAAGCAGCUCCUAAUGACGGAUGGGACCAUGUUUAAGAGUGACACCAAGGGUGAGGGUGAGAGGCAGCCAAGGAAAGUCCGAUUUCGAAUUGCAUCUUCUCACAGUGGGAGAGUGCUAAAGGAAGUGUAUGCGGAUGGAGAAAUAUAUGAUUCCCUGGACUCUGAGUGCACCAGCAGUUCAGAAACGGACCCAAACAGCCGGCUGAGCGAAACUGAGGGACAGCACAAUGGAAACCUAGGUUCUGAAUGUGAUGAAAAUGAGAAUGAGAAUAACAUGCUCAUUUUCAUGAGAGCUGCCAAAGAGAAGGGAUUUGGCAUGAAAAGAGUCAACAUCCUUAGCAAAAAUGGUACAGUUAGAGGAGUCAAGCAUAAAGUCAGUGCUGGUCAAGUCCUCUUUGACAAUUUGACAAAAGUGUUUGAGGUAUCUACGGUUCUAGAAUAUGGCCGCAUAAUAAUUUACACAACAAGUCUUCGUGUGGUCAGAACAACUUUUGAAAGAUGCGAGUUGGUUCGAAAGAUUUUCCAAAACCACAGAGUGAAAUUUGAAGAGAAAAACAUUGCACUGAACAGUGAAUAUGGAAAGGAGUUGGAUGAGAGAUGCAAAAGAGUUUGCGAAACCCCAUCGCUACCAGUUGUGUUUAUUGAAGGCCAGUAUCUGGGGGGUGCUGAGAAAAUUUUGUCAAUGAAUGAAUCAGGGGAGCUUCAAGACCUUUUAACCAAAAUUGAGAAAGUUCAACACCCCCAUGAAUGCCUCUCAUGCGGGGGCUUUGGUUUUAUUCCGUGCUCAGCGUGCCAUGGGAGCAAGAUGUCAGUGUUUCGGAACUGUUUUACGGACUCAUUCAAAGCCCUAAAGUGCAUCGCUUGCAAUGAGAAUGGGUUACAACGCUGCAAGACCUGCCUGAGCUAAGGGAUGGCGCCUUGAUACACACAACCACCUCAUUUUAUUAUGUCAACACAGCAGUUUGUUAUAUUGUUUUAUAUCAAGGGGAAAAAACCCACCAUGUUUCUCUAAUUCAAUCAAUAAAGUUCAUUUAUAAUAAAAAUGUA